GAUUUUUUCUGAUGCUUGGAAGCUAUCCUAUGAGCCACAAAGAUGGUAAUAAAUCUUUGCCUCCCACAAUUCAGACCAAGAAUUCACUGCAACAAGAUAUCAGCUGAUGGUUAUGAAGUAGAAAAUCUCAUCUCUGAAGACCUCACAAAGCGAAGCCAUGGUUUUAGGACAGAGUAUUUCAUUAAACCUCCAGUGCACGUGACAGUUUCCUUUCCCUUUAAUGUGGAAAUCUGUAGAAUUCACUUAGACCUCACAGCUGGCAGUGGCCAGAAUGUCACGGGCCUGGAGAUGUACACAUCCACCUUACCUAGCAGAGCCCCUUGGAGUACACCCGAGUGCCAGCCCCCAGGCCUCUCCGAGUCCUCUGUGCCCAACAAGGAGGCAUUCACCUUGGUAGGCAAAGUCUUGCUGAAGAACCAGAGCCAAGUGGUAUUUAGCCACCGAGGUUUCAAGGCCAGGCCACCUUUUAGCCCAUUGGAAAUCACACCACCCCCCUCCCCUGCAGUUGUGGUCCAGGACCUCUGGAAUAAAGGAGCGCUUUCCCUUUGCCACGUGGCCCACCUCAGGAUCUGUAUCACCCAUGUGACAGGCAAUGGUGUCCCCUGCAUCAAGCGCUUGGAGGUGUGGGGUCAGCCAGCCAAGACCUGCUCUCAGGAAGUGAUAGACAGUGUCUUGCUGGUGGCCUCAGAGAGUAUACCCCAGGAGUUGGCCCUGCAGACGCCAGCCUUGCCCAUGGAGAGUGACUGCGACCCUGCAAGCCUGUCUGAGGUCCAGCAGGCCCCCUCUGGCCUGCGAGAGAUGGCUGAAGUGAUUCUGGACGUGCCAGAGGAGUUUCUGGAUCCUAUCACCCUAGAGAUCAUGCCCUGCCCAAUGCUGCUGCCCUCAGGCAAGGUGAUCGACCAGAGCACCCUAGAGAAGUGUAACCGCAGUGAGGCCACAUGGGGUCGAGUGCCCAGUGACCCAUUCACAGGCAUAGCCUUCACUCCACACUCCCAGCCCCUGCCACACCCUGCCCUGAAGGCCCGCAUAGACCACUUCCUGCUCCAGCACUCCAUCCCUGGCUGCUACCUGCUUGGGAGAGCACAGGCUGUAUCAGCAGUGACCCCUUCUUCGGUAGCCCUGCCUUCCCGGAAAAGAAAGGUGGAGCAGGGUGUCCGGGCCCCAGACAGUAGCCUUGAUGCAAACUCUUCCUGCUUCUCGGCCACAAACCCUUCUCUGGUCUUUUCCACUACCUCAGAACACUCCAGCAAGAAAAUGAAGGCCACCACCGAGCCUAGCCUGACUCACAUGGACUGUUCUACAGAACCAGUGUCACAUGAGCAAAAGCUGUCACAAAGCUUGGAGAUGGCCUUGAUGUCCACCCUUGGCUCUAUGCCUUCCUUCACAACCCGACUGAAUAGGGGACUACUCCAGCACAUGGGUACACGAGCAAGCAGCGCCUCCGGGAGGCCAGAUGUGGGCUCAGGGCAAGCUGGGUGCACCCCAGGCUCGGAAUGCACCUCCUGCAAAAGAAUGUUUUCUUCCUACUUCAAAAAGGAGCCCAUGUACAGCCUGCCCUGCGGCCACCUUCUGUGCCGACCCUGCCUAGCUGAGAAGCAGCACUCCCUGCCUAUGACCUGCACAGCCUGCCAGCACCCCUUCGCCAGCCAAGAUGUGCUGCGGGUGCACUUCUGAGUGACCAGCCUCCACCAGAGAUGCCCCACCAGGGAACAGGAUUGGGGUCGCAGCCCUCUGUGGUCUGGCCAGUGACAAGCACAGAGCUACCUGAUCUCUUUUCAGGCUUUGUCACCACACAGUGCAGCACAGGGACAGGGUGGGGCUGUGGGUUCACUUCUGCUCAGGUGGCCACAAGAUAACAAAGCCAUAGGCUGGGCUGGGAGGCUGGGGAAGAUGUCCCUGCCUUCCUGUACCUGCCAUGCCCUGUCAGCACCUACCCAGGCCAAGAACCCCUGCUAAAAGGCACCCCACAUUGUCUGCACACCCCCUCCCAGCAGGGCCUGUGGAGUGGAACACAGUGGACUGCUCAGGGUCACUCAAGUGGACACAUGGAGUUUGGGGUGCAUGAGUAGCCCCUGUCCCUAGCUGGCCAACACUCAGAGCCUUAAUAAAGUGAUGGUUGACAUCUUCCU